CGGCCUGUCUCGAACCGCUGCGGACACGACGCGGUCUCGAAGCGGAUUGAAAGCGAUGGAGCUGGCAGAGCUGCCCCACUUCUUGCCACAGGUCCUUCCAAUGCUGGAAUGGCUGGACAUUCGCCGAAUUUGCCUGGCUCAGAAAGAGUGCAGCAGAUCGUUGGUGCAGGCGGUGCACCAUCGCUAUCUUGGGGAUGCCCCAACAGCAGUGAGAGCCCGCAACGGGCACCCAGCAUGAACGCUUGUUCACCUUCACAUGCUGCGGCUAUUUGUCUUUCUGCAGAUGGCUUUCACGGUGGUGAAGUGCUGGCUGCUGCGUCGAGUGAAGUGCUGGCUGAAACCGCCGCGCCGAGGCAUCCAAAAGCUCGGACAGCGGCUCAACGGGGCGCAGGCAGCUCAAGCAAGAGGCUCUCCAGAAGCGCUGAGCUCCGCGGCCGUGGAAAUCAUGGUGCUUCAACAAUGUUCGAGUGUCCUGGGCGAGAACUGUGAAAAGUAUGCCGACCUGCUCGAAAGGGUGGGCUUCACCUUGGGCGAUGACUUGGAGAAGGUCUCCGAUGCGCUCUUGGAGUCCUUGGACCGCCUCCAGGCGUUCUCCGACGCCGUGGCGCGGCUCCGCGCGGCGGCCGAGGCGGCGCCGGCGCCGGGCAUCUCCUGUCGAGCGAGCGGAGGCUACCACGAAGACCUGGACUGAGUUCCGAGGGAAAGCGGCGAAAAGGAGACCGACAUGGCGACAUAGCGCAGAAAACUGACAUGCC